CUCGCAACCAGAGCUCGAGAACAGCUUUGAAAAGCAAACAUGUCUGCCCACUACGACACCGAGCCUCCUCCAACAGCCUCUGCGACCCUCCAUACCACCGUCGGGCCCAUCCAUAUCUCCCUAUUUGCACGCCAGACACCGCUCGCGUGCAAGAACUUCCUCCAGCACUGUCUAGAUGGAUACUACGAGAACACCACAUUCCACCGCGUGGUACCCAAUUUCAUUAUCCAGGGCGGCGAUCCUACCGGCUCUGGCUCAGGAGGCUCUUCCAUAUACGAAUACCCUGAGUUUGAGUAUGAUCCGCGUGAUGGCGAAAAGGUCGUAUUUAAAGAUGAAUUCCACAGCCGGCUGCGGUUCAACAGGCGCGGCCUCCUCGGCCUGGCGAAAAGUGAGGAUGGUACAUACGGGAGCCAAUUCUUCAUUACACUGGCGAAUGUGGAAAGAGAUUUGAAAAAUACCUGUACUAUGUUUGGUAGGGUGGAAGGAGAGAGCAUAUACAAGGUUGCAAGCAUUGCAGAGGCAGAGCUGGUAGAAGGUUCUGACCGACCAAUGUACGCUGUGAAGAUUACUGGGUGUGAGAUAGAUCAGUUGGGCCCUUUCGAAGGGCAAUUGAAACGGAGGGAACGUAUAGCUGUUGCGGACAAGGGCCCCGAAGAAGCGCCUGUAAAGGGGAAAAAGAAGAAAAAGGCUAAAGUGGGAAAGGCGCUUUUGAGCUUCGCGGGUGACGAAGAGGAUGGCGAGGCUAUAUCACCAACUAAGCCGAAGUUCAAUACCCGACUUGUCAGGGAAGAGGAGGAGGCUGCAUCGGUAGCGAAGAAACAGGCGCAAAGUAAGAAAGCUGACGGGGACACGCAUAAACCAGCGCCGGCGCAACCACCCACCGAGCUCCCUGCCAGGAAAAAGAAGGAGAUACCAAAAGCACCCCCUCGGGAGCCAGAUCCAAACUCACAACUUCCAAUACCCAACCCUGAAUCACCAUCUCGCUCUGCAUCUCCUUCAAGUUCAGUAUCAGAAUCGCCACCGCCUCGCCAGUCAUUACUCUCUAAAACAAAUGCUGAAAUUGCUGCGCUCAAGGCAUCUAUGAAGCGGAGCACGGCUGCUGCACCUGCAGAGCCCGCCAGGAAGAAAUCAGCUCUAGAGUCACUGAUACCAGAAACAUCAAUACGCGGAGCUAGAAAGAAGACAGCGGCAGGGAACUCGUCACAAGAUGCAAUUGCACUAGACAUGUUCAAUGCUUUCAAAGCCAAGCUUGAAAACGCAGAAUCUACCUCUAAAUCAUCCAAAUCAAAACGAGAACACAAUACCAGCUCUAAAUCAGAAGAGAAGAAAGAUACAGAACAGCCAAACGAGCAGGACGAUGAAGAAGAACAGGUCUGUGACCUUCACUUUGUUGCCGGGUGUCUAUCAUGUCGUUCUUGGGAUGCCCCUGAGUCAGAAAGGGCUGGGGGAGCAGACAACGACGACGACGACGACGACACAGGUUGGAUGACGCAUACACUUCAAUUUGGUAAAGACACUCUUGGAAAAGAUCUAGGUUGGAAGCGAAAACACCAGGAAAAUGAUGAUUUGGUUGUUAUUGAUCCCCGGCAAAAGGAAAAAGAGAUUACUGGUGCCGGCGGGAGGAAGAGAGAGCGUGAAAGGAAAAGGAAACUUGAGACAGGGCAGGAUAGAGAAUGGGAUCGAAGAGAUGCUAAGAAGGCUGGGAGUAGUCGCUCAUGA